GUCCAAAUCCAUGUAACUUUGUCAUACAUAUAGGAAAAAAUGGAGAGUAAUAGCGGGGAGGCAGCACGGCCCAAGGUUGCGGUGGUGGUGUUUCUUCUGAAUGGAAACAGGGUGCUGUUGGGGCGGCGUCGCUCAUCCGUUGGCCGCAACACCUUCGCGCUGCCCGGUGGUCAUCUGGAGUUCGGGGAAAGCUUUGAGGAAUGUGCAGCGAGAGAGGUGAAGGAGGAAACAGGGCUAGACAUCCACAAGAUUGAGUAUCUAACGGCCACAAACAAUGUCUACUCCAGGCCUGAUGCGCACGUUGUGGCAAUAUUAAUGCGCGCAUUCCAGGCUGAACCUCAUCAAACCCCCCAAAAUCUUGAGCCUGAGAAAUGUGAGGGUUGGGAUUGGUAUGAUUGGGAAAAUCUCCCACGACCCCUCUUUGGACCUCUGGAGACUAUGGCUCAAACUGGUUUUAACCCUUUUCCACCUGCUCAUCAUCAUAAUUAAGGACAAUUCAGAACUAGUUUAAGCCUUUAUUAAGGUAUAAUAAUAGUUUAAGGUAAAAGUUAUAGGCAAGUGAUGAAUUUCGGCCUGGUUUGUUUCUUGGAUGUAAGAAAUGUCAGCACUGCUUAUCCACUUUGUUAUUACAUUUGAAGGCAUUCGUAAACUUUUGAUUUGGGCAGAUGUAUUUGUAAAGUUGGGCUUGUUGAAGUCCAAUUCUGUUUAAUAUUCAGGAGCCCAUAUCUUUAUUUCUUACAUUGUAGUCCAAUUCUGUUUAAUAUACGUACAAAAUAAUUUAAAGAUUCUCUUCC